UGCUCGGAGACGUUAUUGGACGAUCCGGCAAUUCCCUUCGAGCGGCGAUUGCAUUACAGCCAACGAAGAUACCUUGAUAUCUGUUCCCGAACGCAACGAUUUGGUGUCGGAAACGAGGUGGAUAUGGAAUUCAUUUCGUAUGGUGAAGCACCCACCGAAUGAACAAGACUUUGGCUUUCGAGCAGAGCAAAUGG